CAGUGAGCAUGACUGGCAUGAAGUUUAGUCUCAGCUUGCACACCUACGAGAGUGGCUGCCAGUGAAUGGUUUUCUGUGAGAGACACGGCAGAAAACCAAAAAAGCGUUUCAGCACUGCACAAAGUGGAAAUCCGCUUUCAAGAAAAAGUACAGCUUUCACAGUAUGUGAUGGCAGACAGAGAUCUGGCAUCAAUGAAUGGAAGUUCCUCUGAUCUGCAGGAUUAUAAAUGGAAAAGUAGCAGAAAAUAUCCGCUAAGAAGAAAAUUGUUAUUUUUUUUCCCAAGAAGUUUUGACUGAAAGCAAUCUGCAGUUGUCAGUGAUCUGAGCAUUUCUGGCAAAUCCAGGGAGCGAAAGGAUCUUGACUCCCGUUUCUUCCCUACCAGAGGACACUUUGCUUCCAAGAUGAACAGAACACUGACCCUGUUAAACUCUUCGGGGGUUAGUGAGAGCAACACUUGGCAGCUGAUCUCUGUAAUCAUUCCCUUGGUAUACUCUUUGAUUUUCCUAAUAGGCACGGUGGGCAACUCUCUAGUCCUUGCAGUGCUGCUGAGGAACGGGCAAGUGACCAAUACCACCAACCUCUUCAUCCUCAAUCUAGGUGUGGCUGACCUCUGCUUCAUUGUCUUCUGCGUGCCUUUCCAGGCCACCAUCUAUAGCCUGGAUGAUUGGAUCUUUGGCCCCUUCAUGUGUAAAGCAGUGCAUUUCUUCAUCUAUCUGACCAUGUAUGCCAGCAGUUUCACUCUCACAACUGUAUCCUUAGACAGGUAUUUGGCUAUAAGGUAUCCUUUGCAUUCGAGAGAACUAAGAACACCUAGGAAUGCUGUCACAGCAAUUUGCUUCAUCUGGGGUCUUUCAUUCAUCUUCUCUGGACCGUAUGUCAGCUACUUCCAGGAGUAUCAGAUUGCCAACAUUACUGUCUGCCAUCCCAUCUGGGAAAUGUCACAGCGCAAGAUUAUGGAUCUCUGCACAUUUAUCUUCAGCUAUGUCAUCCCAGUGUUGAUUCUCAGCUUCACCUAUUUAAGGACCAUACGCUAUCUCUGGACAUCUGUGGAUCCCAUGAAAAUCAUGUCUGAUUCUAAGAAAGGUAAACGCAAAGUCACUCGGAUGAUCAUUAUUGUGACUGUUCUCUUCUGCCUUUGUUGGCUUCCCCAUCAUUUGGUCAUCCUUUGUUUUUGGUUUGGCUAUUUUCCCCUCAACAAUGUUACCUUUGUGCUCAGGGUCCUGUCUCACCUAAUCUCCUAUGCCAAUUCCUGUGUCAAUCCUAUUGUCUAUGCCCUGGUAUCGAAGCAUUUCCGGAAGGGAUUCAAGAAGAUCUUCAGUUGCCUUCUGCAUAAAAGAGUAACCAACAAAGUUCAUGUAGCACAGGUGACCCACACAGUUAGUACUUUGGAGGCAGACUUGACAGAGGUAAUGGAUGUCAAUGAGCCUGUACAUACAGGAGCUUCUACCUGCUGUCACAUCCCAGUUCAGACAUGGAAUGAGGCAGAACAGCUGAGUCAUCAAGAGAAACCUACCGAUUCUUUUAUCACUUUCAAUAUUACUUAAGAUAGUUCUUGCAGUAGUGGCUUCCAAUCAAAGUAUAAUUGCUAUAAUCGUUUAAAUGUAAAGAUUAUUUUUCAAAACAUGGGAUUUAAAAACCCUAGAAUUGACAGAUGGCUCAACCAAGGUUCCAUAUAGUUAUUAGUUAUUGUUCCAAAAAUAAGUCUGUGCCAUAAUUAAUCUAUUGUAAAAAGAUCUAUAAUAGCAAUGGUCAUACCACACUGAGGCCAAGGUGACCACAAGAGUGAUAGGUAGGGAGCUACUUGAGGGGAAUGCUUUGUACAUUUUUGGCAGUGUGUUUAAGAGAUUAGCCAGCAAUCAAAUAUGAAAUAUGGACUAAGAGAGUGCUACAAGUAUACUCUGUGAUACUGAUAAUAGCAUUCUAUAUCUAUGAAUGAGAUUAGAUUAAAUGGCUCUCAGGUCUUUUUUAAUCUUUGAUGCUGGAAGUUUAAGAACAGGGUGAUAACUCUGCCAGAGAAUGAAGCUGUUUGUUUGGGUCAGGGACUUUGAAACAGUGGGGUGAGCUACCAUGGACACUUGUAUUGUUUGUACUCAGGCUUUAAACUCAGGCUCAGAAUAAAAUAUUCUUAGGAACAUGCAACACGGACUCACUAAAAUUUAUGUACACAUAAAUGAACUGUUAAUCAUGUUAGAUUUCACAAGAACAUGUAUUAUGUAUGGUGAUAUACCUCCCACCCAUUGUAAAAUAAGAAAAACAACAGCCUCUCAGUGUACAGCAUGCGCUUUGUUGUUGGAUGAAUUGGCUUCCCUGGGGCACUGGAUUAUUUUCUCCACAGAGCCUGUUUCUGUUAUAAUGCCUACAAGAAAUCAAUUUUGUUCUGAUGGCAAGGACUGAAUGAAGAAUAGUGGAGAGAAUGUGCUUUUUAAAAAUUCUGUCUGAAAAAAAUGAUACUCAUUUGUGAUACUUAUUUCCUGAAAUUCAAAUUACAAAGGCAAUUCACAAAGACAUUUUGACCAUCUGGUGAUUGCAAAAACAAAACAAAGCUGGAAUUAUAAACAAUUGCAUUAUACAUACAUACAUACAUACAUACAUACAUACAUGGCAUUUGGUUUAACAUGUCCCAUUUUUAUAGUAGAAGUUUGAAUAAGAAUGGAUUCUUCUACAGCAUAAUGUCUGGAUGAUUUUUUUUAAAAUAAAGAGGUCGUUACAGAUUAUCUUGCAAACAUUGCAAUGUCAUUUGCACCAAUUCAACACAAGGUAAUUUUCAGUAUACUUUGGUGUACAGUAAACUGAAAUUCAGAUACUUUGGUGUAUAGUAAACUGAAAUUCAGAUACUUGUUACUUUGGACAAUCAUAAUAAUCUGUUCUGGCAUUGUGUUGCACUGUAGCAGGCGCUGUUUGUUGAGUUUUUGUCAAUUAAACCCAAG